AUGACUGAGUCUGAAGAACAGGGCAAUGGCCAGAUCAGUGCCGACGAAAUCGCUCUUUAUGAUCGCCAAAUUCGACUAUGGGGCAUGCAAGCGCAAGAGAAGAUCCGCUCUGCCAAUAUCCUCCUGAUUACCGUCAAAGCUCUUGCGAAUGAAGUUGCAAAGAAUCUUGUGUUGGCAGGCAUCGGCUCUUUAACCAUCAUUGACCAUGAGCCCGUGACGGAGGACGACCUGGAGGGCCAGUUCUUUUUGGAGGAGGUAUACCGCGAUGAGAAUAUCAUUAAAGAAGGCAAAAAGGUAAGGUCAUAUUUCUUCCCUGAUUAUUUGGCGACCAGGGCUCACCCUCCAAAGCGCGCCGACAUUGCCGGUCCUCAAAUCAAGCGCAUGAACCCACGAGUCAAGCUCACCAUUGACACCGAUGACGUCCGAACCAAGCAACCCGACUUCUUCGCCCAGUUUGAUAUCACAAUCGCUACGGAACUUGACUUUAAGACCAACACAGACAUCAACGCAGCCUGCCGCCUGGCAAAUCGCCCUUUCUAUGCCGCUGGUCUCCACGGUCUCUAUGGAUACGUCUUCGCGGAUCUCAUCUCCCACGACUUCGUGAUCGAGCGCGAAAAGUCCAACGUGCCCCCUGCAACCCAAGAAACUCCAACCCGCAGUAUCGUCAAUGUGACCACCAAGCAAAAGGACAAGAAGGCGGACAAGACAAUCGAACUAGUCACCAAGCGGGAAUCAUACUCCCCACUUAUCUUGGCGAACGCCUCGCCCCUCCCAGAAGAUUUCACCCGUCUUGCUCGUCGUCGCAAACAAGUGACACCGCUUUUAAGCUGCCUGCGCGCGCUAUGGGAAUUCGAGAAACGAUACGGUCAUCGCCCCAUCAACAACCACGACGAUCUCGCGACCUUCACUGAAAUUGCGAUGCAAAGUCACCAGGAACUGCAACUGGAUAUGGGAUCUCUAAAUUCUGCUUUCCUGCGCAUGUUCCUCCAGAACCUGGGCUGCGAAUUGAGCCCCAUUGCUGCGUUCCUCGGUGGCGCAUUGGCUCAGGAUGUCAUUAAUGUUCUCUCUGCGCGAGAGCAACCAUUGCAGAAUAUGCUUCUCUUCGAUGGAGAUAAGAACAUCGGCCCUAUCUACCCACUUCAUCCCUUCUUCCCAGCCGAGAUGGGUGUGGAGGCUUUGGCUGCCGUGGCGCCGGUCUCCAAUCCUAUUCCGUUGGGGUCGCAGCAAUCCACUACGAUUCCUUUACGAAUGGAUAGCACACCCAAUCAUAAGUCUGGAAUCUAA